AUGGCUCCGUCAAAACAGCUAAAAAUAACCGACCUGAAGCGCUCAGCCAAAAAAGACCGUUUUAAGCAAAUGCAAGAUGGCGACGAAAGCAUGGUGAACUCACCUUCUUCGGAGGGCCUCGCAGAAAUAGACCUAGCACCUCUGUCACCUAAGGACGCCCCGGUCACCAACAAAAGUCUGCACCUCAUGCUGCAGGACCUAAAACCGUCCCUCAGAGAAGACUAUAGACAAAUAACGAUGGACCUCUGGAAAGACAUAGGGGACAUUGGCAGCCAAACCAGCCACUUGGAAACAAAGGCUGAGGAGUUAUGCAUGGAACACAAUGAAGUGGCGGACAGGCUCCAGCAGCUGGAGGAAGAUCACCACACAUUGAAGCAUAAACUUGCAGAUAUGGAGAACAGGUCACAAAGGAACAACGCCCGCUUCCACGGAAUCACAGACUGUCCCCCACGACGCCUUACAGCAAUACAUUAAGACCUUGUGUAAGACUGGUGCCCAAGCUUGAAGACUCUGCAUGGCUGCUCAACCAUGCACAUCACCUACCCAGACCAGCUAGAUUCUCAGCAGGCACUCCAAAAGACUUCGGCUAAAGGAGCAUCUCAUGACAGCAGGAUGGAAGAUAUCCAACCUACCUGAACCGUACCAAAGUAU